AUGGGACUUUUCUAUUGUCUAUUCAUCUAUCUAUUAUUUAUGCAAACUUAUCAUGGAAAGAUAUUUGAUGGUUGCCGAUUUGUUCAAACAUUCUAUCGGAGACAUUCGAAUAUAUUCAUACUUGAUAGAAACCAAACAUCAUUAAUCGUUCGACCAUUAUAUGCACUAUCGAAUCAAUCAUUUCCUUCGCUUUCUAUCGGAAUUAUUUAUCGUUUAGCAGAUACUUAUCUUGUGCCUGUACCUCUUCUGUUCGAAUGCCCACAAAGUCAACGUAUUUAUGCACCGAUCGAUUGUCAAUUUACAAUUAACGAUGUUCGCGCAAAUCUAUCCAUUCGAAUCAGUGAAUCAAGUCGUAUAACGACGGUCCCACUUCGCUUUCAAGAGUAUGCUUCAUCAAGUUUUAUUCCAAUACGUGGCGCUUAUUUCAAACAAUCAACUAUUGCUUUACGAAAUUGUCGUUUGGACUCGAAAGAAAAUCUGUUUACAUCAGACAUCUUUCAUCUUCAGAUUGAAUUUGAACAAACAACAAAUUCUUCAUGUCAACAUUCGUGUAUUCAUCCGGAACUAUAUGAAUGUUCAAACACUUGUCAAUGUCGUUCGCAACCAUUUGGUAUUGAAAAAUUUGAACAAUUUUGUAUCGAUACAGAACUCGGUUCUAAUUGUUCUCUAACACCAGAACGUUGCCGUCGUAUAUGUCGUAUUUCUGAACAAAUUCAACGAGGAAGAAUUGAUUCCGAUUGUCAAUGUCCGUUGGGUAUGCAGCGAGUUCUUUCAAACAAUAUGUAUCAUUGUGAAUCUCCUGCGUCAUCGAAAUGUAUGAAUGAAAAAUCUAUCGAAACUUGUCCGACAGGUUAUAUUUGUCAACAUCAUCGUUGCGUACAAACAUCAGCGAUGGUUCGUUUGAACGAAUCAAUUCUAUCACUACCAUUUGUAUUAAUUGGUUUACUUAGCGGUGCUUUAUUAAUUAUAAUUCUACUGAUUAUUGGUUUAAUAAAAAUGCGUUCAAUAAAAUGUGUUAAGUUUGUUCAUUCCUAUGGAUUACCGAUUCAUUCGAAUAACUCAUCGCCGAUAUUAAAUGCCCAUUUAUCUUCAUUAUCAUCUCCGUCUUCAACAUUAUCGUCGUCGUCAAAAUCAAUGAAUAAAACCUGUGAAAAAUAUACUAAAAUUCAUUUAUUUGAGUGA